GUUUACUACUCCGUUCUGUGAGAUCCUGAAAGUCCAGUGAGGGUAAGGAGGGUCCUACCCCGAACCUGGAUAGUAGUUCUUUGCGGUGCUGAGGACUUUGAAAACCUCAAAUGGCCAAAUUACUACAACUUCCCCCCAAGUUCCUGCCCUCAGAGUGGCAUAUUGCUAACAAGAACCAGUACCACAGUGCAGAGGCCCAAAGGUCCCGAUCUGAACGCCUAGUGGCAGAAAGCCAGAGGCUUGUGGAUGAAAUUGAAAAGACCACAAGAAAAUCUCAAAGUGAUGUGAACAAGAAAAUAGAACAGAGACUUGAGGAAGUCAAGUUCUGGAAGAAGGAGUUAGAUGACAAACUUGAGCAGCUUGUGCAUGAAACUGAGGAUCUACUGAUAUUUAAGAUAAGGUUGGAAAGAGCCCUGGAGAGCUUAAAAGAACCCUUGCACAUCACUCAGACGUGCCUUACGUACAGGGAGAACCGAAUUGGGAUUGACUUGGUACAUGAUGAAGUGGAACAGGAGCUGAUAAAGGAGGUUGAGGUCAUUCAGGGGAUUAUAGCCCUGCUGACCCGCACCUUGGAGGAGACUUCUGAGCAGAUCAGGCUGAACCGUUCUACCAAGUACAAUCUUGAGAAGGAUUUGAAGGACAAGUUUGUGGCCCUUACCAUCGACGAUAUCUGCUUCUCACUCAACAACAACUCGCCAAACAUCAGAUACUCUGAGAAUGUUGUGAGGGUUGAACCAAACUCUGUGAGUCUGGAAGACUGGUUGGACUUCUCCAACACCAACGUGGAGAAGGCUGACAAGCAGCGAAACAACUCCCUUUUGUUGAAGGCCCUGGUGGACCGAGUUCUGUCCCAGACGGCCAAUGACCUGCGUAGACAAUGUGAUGUGGUGGACACGGCAUUCAAGAAUGGGCUGAAGGAGACCAAGGAUGCCAGGGACAAGCUGGCUGUUCAUCUGGCCAAGGUCAUGGAAGAGGUGGCUUCCCAGGAGAAAAACAUUACAGCUCUUGAAAAAGCCAUCCUUGAUCAGGAAGGGCCUGCCAAGGUGGCACAUACCCGCCUAGAGACCAGGACACACCGGCCUAAUGUGGAACUGUGUCGAGAUACUGCACAGUACAGGCUGAUCAAGGAGGUUGAGGAGAUCAGCCGCAACGUUGCAAGAUUAAAGGAAACAGUAGCCCAAGCUCAGGUGGAGCUGAAAGGGCUGAAUCGCAGACAGCUUGCCCUGCAGGAGGAGAUCCAGGUCAAGGAGAACACCAUCUACAUCGAUGAGGUGCUGUGCAUACAGAUGAGGAGGUCCAUCCCCCUGAGGGAUGGGGAAGAUCAGGGGGGCUGGGCUGGGGGCUUCCAUCCAGACGCAGUCUGCUGAUGGUAAGGAGAGUUCACAUUCUCAUUAAACCACAUCAUUGAACAGU